AUGCAUGUACUGAUCAAAGACUUGACAAAAGAGUUCUGUCGUUGUACAUCCCUGUGUGUGUGUGUGUGUGUGUCUGUGUGUGCAUGUGUGUGCGUUUUGCAGAACCUGAUAAAGAAUCUGCCGGAACAGAAACAGCUGAGUGCGUUGGCUGAACUAAAGGGAGAAUACGAAGAGCUGGUGGAGUCUGAGCAGUUUGGCAUCGUGAUGAGUUCGGUGAAGCUGCUGCGGCCCCGACUCAACGGCAUCCUGUUCAAGUUGACCUUCGAGGAGCAGGUGAACAACAUCCGGCCGGACAUCAUGAGUGUGACCUUCGCCUGCGAGGAGGUGAAGAAGAGUGAGAGCUUCAGCAAGCUGCUGGAGCUUGUGCUGCUAGUGGGGAACUACAUGAACGCCGGCUCCCGCAACGCCCAGACCUUCGGCUUCAACAUCAGCUUCCUCUGCAAGCUCCGUGACACCAAAUCUGUGGAGCACAACAUUACUCUGCUGCACUUCCUGGCCGAGCUGUGUCAGGAGAAACACCCGGAGAUUAUGAGUUUCCCCGAUGAGUUGGAGCACGUGGAAAGUGCCAGUCGAGUGCCCGCUGAGAUCCUGAGCAGCAGUCUGAGCAACAUGGAGAAACAGAUCCAGCGGCUCGAAAGCGACAUCAAGAACUUCCCCAAGACAGACGACGAGCAAGAUAAGUUUGUGGAGAAGUUGUCGAUAUCCUUUGUGUCACUACGUUCGGGGCGAGGGGGGGUUCGUCCGCGGUUGGUCUGUGUACGUGGGGUGUGGCGAGGGAACAGCCACCAGACGCCCAGGUUCCCCACGCGGCUACCCCUCGUACACACGGUCGGCUGGACCCUGACGUGUGUCUUUAUGUGUUUUCUGCCUGCAAAGCGGAGCGGCACUAAAAGUCUCUGGGUGUGUGAUGGCUGGGGCCCAGGGGAAGGGCUGCAGCGUAGCUCUGCUGCAGCGUAGCUCUGCUGCGGGGCCCCAGAGAGCCCCAUCACAUCUUUCUCCUCACAACUCCUCCCAGCGUCCCCUGAGUGAAAUCACGCCCCUGGCUAUUUUUUUUCGAUCCUACUUUGCUGUGCUGCUCCAGCACCACUGCCGCCGCCGCCGCCACCGUCGCCACAACCACAACUGCCAGUCUCCCGGGGCUCGCUAAUGGGGGUGGAGACGGGGGCUGCGACUUACCACGGGUCCCCGUGAUUUCAUCUCCUGGCUGGUCACAGCCACAGCCCCCUCCCACCCCCCACCCCCACACGGCUAUCUGCAGGCUAUCAGCUCCGGUGGCACCACUCCUGUCUCCGCCGCAGAGAGCUCUAUCUGCAGUCAAGUGCCGGAGCCCCUCGCUUUGAAUUAGCUGUGGCCUCGUCGCCCUGCAUGAUACAACCUCUGCUCAUCUCCCUCUCCCUCUAAUAUCUCAUAAUGAUUCAUGGUAAUAGGUGAAAGCCGUUUGUUCUUCUUUUUUUCCUUUUUUUUUCCUCUUCUUCCAAUGUGUUCCCUCCGUGUUCUGUGCGUUGCACAUUCGCGUGGGUACGGAGUCCGUUUCAACCCUCCGUCUCACUGUUGUCUUUUAUUUGCCCUGGCGGCUGAGAGAACGAGGCGGGCCGGGGAAGAGGAAGAGGAAGAGGCUGGUGUUCUCAACAGCUAGUCUGCACUUUUUCGGUUGUAACCCUCCCACACACAGUAGUACACACACGGUAAUACACACACAGUAAUACCCCCCCACACACACACAAUCAAACUCACACACACACACACACACACACACACACACACACACACACACACACACACACACACACACAGACACACACAGACACACACACACCACCAGCACCAGCACCUCCAACACCGCCUCCCAGUGUCGGUAUCGAUUCCCGGGCUCCUCUGGGAGCCGCUGGGCUGAGUGAGAGGAAAUGGAGAGGUCCAGAUCUACUGCAGCCGGGGGGCCCUCCCUCACUGUCUGGGGUUCCUCCCAAGAGGGAGCCUAUGGCUGUUCAUGACCAGAGAACUACAGCCUCCUGCAGCACCUCCGACCCAGCGGGGCCUGUUCGCCUGGCGGCCAUCUUGGUUGCUAACGCCUAGCUUAGAGGGCUUGCAGAGUGAAUGUGGAUGAGCAGCAGCAUGCUAGUCCUCAAAGCUAGCCACCACAGGGAGAAGGCCGAUACACAGCCUAGACGACGUAUGUAAUCGCAUUUACAUUCAGGGCAUUUAGCAGACGCUUUUAUCCAAAGUGACUUACAAUAAGUACAUUUGUCAGAAGAAAACGUAGGGUUUGUUUGUGUAAAGACCUGCCUGAUGCAGGGUUCUCUUGUCUAUAAAGAGAAGCAGGCAGGUGGGUAAUAGUUUUGUGCAAAAUGGCCUCUGUUAGGUUUCCAACUGCGUUAAGUCUCACACGUAGUUAAGUCUCCAGACGCCGUUAUGUCUCCGACGUGGUUAAUUCCCCGUCAGUGUCGAGUCUCCGACGCUGUUCGCUCGUCCCGUCCCCCCCCGUCAUGUCUGACGGAUGGAUGUGACGCUCAUCCAUUUGUCUUCAUGCUUUGAUUUUUCUUCUUUCUUUUUUUCGCAGCCGACGACAGAAUCACUCUGUCUGCUGUUUUCAAUUUUCCUCUCUGUGGCAGAGGGAAUCAAUGAGGAAUCGGAGAGAAUAAAAUUAC